CCCACAGCAUCAUUCAGUCAACCAAACAAACAAACAUGUAAACAUAACUUCUUGACUCCGUGAACAUACGCCAAUAUUAUAUAUCCAUCAUCAACUCGCCAACGCCAAUGGAUACUUUAAUAAUCCACUUUAUUUACUUUCACCGUCAUUCGUUCAGUUUUUGUGAUCUAGCCAGGACUUGCAAUGGACUUUAACGCUUACGCACCGCCGCAGCGGACGUGUUCAGUUAACAGAGGAUAGAUCGACUUCACAAACGGCUUUGUUAUGAGGGACCGACUGGCUGCUUUGAAUGCGGGCAGUCAAUGCGUCAGUAAUGACGGGCUUGUCACUGUGUCCAUGGAGAGAGAUGGCUUCAUGCAGGACUUUUUCAGAAAGGUGGAGGAGGUCAAAAGUGUCAUUGAAAAGAUCUCCUCCCUUGUCAAUGAGGUUAAGAAGAAACAUAGUUUGAUUCUCUCUGCCCCCAACCCUGAUAACAAAACAAAGGAAGAGUUGGAACAGCUCACAGUGGAUAUUAAGAAAAAUGCCAAUAUUGUCCGAAACAGCCUGAAAUCCAUACAGCAGGGUCUUCCUCCGGAGGAGCAGAUGGUCCAUGCUUCAGUAGAUGUUCGCAUCCAGAAAACUCAGUACACUAACUUGUCUCGAAUGUUCAUGGACGUGAUGACACAAUACAACGAAACCCAAGUGUCCUUUAGAGAGAAGAGCAAAAGCAGGAUUCAGAGACAGCUGGAGAUCACUGGAAGAGUCACAACUAAUGAAGAACUGGAAGAAAUGCUGGAGACUGGAAACGCAUCUGUUUUCACCUCUGAUAUCAUCUCCGACUCUCAGAUAACCCGUCAGGCUCUCAAUGAGAUCGAGUCCAGACACAAAGACAUCUUACGCCUGGAGUCCAGCAUUAAAGAGCUACAUGACAUGUUUGUGGACAUGGCCAUGCUGGUGGAGACCCAGGGUGAGAUGAUUGACAACAUUGAAAAGAAUGUGAACAAUGCUGUAGAAUAUGUCUGCCAUGCUAAAGUGGAGACCAAGAAAGCAGUGAGAUACCAAACACGGGCCCGCAGGAAAUACAUAAUUCUUGCUGUGAUUGUUCUGGUCGUGCUUUCUGUUGUAGCACUAAUUAUUGGCUUAUCUGUGGGCUUAUCUACCAAAGCCGCUACUAACUCCGCCUCCUCCAGCUCUGGUUCCACCUAACCAUGAAAAUGAUCUACAUUGCCAUUUGUGGAGCUGCUUGCAUUCUUCUUAUUAUUAUUAUCACCAUUGGAGUUUACAGCGAGUAGUCACCUAUAGCAAAGCGCUGGUGGGGUGUUUUUUUCUUUAACAUCACUGUGUUAUUAGGGAACAAAGACUUCGACUAAACCUUUGUUGUUUGGUUUUGACUGAGAUUUCAGUAUGAUUGUAUUGCUGAAUACAAAAACCUCGAAGCUUUUUAUUUUUGUAAACACUGAUUUCUGCUCCGUGAUCUUCCUUUGCGAUUUAAAAUCUUUGUCACUUUACGAUAACAACCAAAGGUCAUUUUUCUGCUCUUUUAUUUAUUUAAUGUUGGUUUUCAAAUUUUGCACAGUUUAGUCAUGUUUAUUAUAUAUUGAAAUAUGUUACUUCAGGUACAGUUUAUUUGUUGGGAGGUCUGACUGAAAAACGUGGAGUUAAAUACAGUCCAACAAAGUGCACUUAAGAUUUUAAGAUGAUCUUGAACAAAAUUUGUUGUUUUGACACUGGUUUGGCCAUGAUGGAUCCACAUAAUAUGAUGUCAGAUCUAUGAUCAAUGUUAAAAAUGUGACACUUAAUAAUUCCUUUUCGUGUCUUACAUAUGACUGUUUCUGACAGGAGUGUAACCAUGGAAUUAUGGUCAAAUAUUCACAUGUGUAUUGUAAAAUAAAUAUGUUUCUCACUGUUCAAAACCGUUAUACUCAUGUUACUGUCAUUCAGAUUUAAUACGAAUAAUUGCUAAAAUUAUAAAAUGUGCAACACAGUGGGCAAAGAUUUUUUUUGGACACUUUAGCAACACUUAAGAUGUUUAUAUAAAUGUCUGGGGCAUUAUGCGACGAAAUAUGCAGCAGAGACAAAUUUACUGUAUUUACAGCACAAGGACCCUUUUAAGUAAAAUGUUUAAAAAUACAAUUAAAAUGAUUGCUCAAACGUUUUAUUUCUUGGGUUUUGAGAAGAUUUUUAUGAUGUUGGUAAAUCUAACCCUAUGCUGAUGACAUCAUCAUGAUGGACAGCUCCGUACGGGUGAAAAUCUCAAGCAGGUCCACACAUUGAUACUCAUGAGAAUUUACUCAAGACAAAUAACAGCUGGGAAAAUCUCUCUCUUUCACAUACACAAGACAAUCUAGACACUGUCCCUGCAUUCAUUGCUUUGUGUGUGU